AUGAUAGCCAAUGACGAUGUUCAAUAUGAGCAAAAAAUGAAUCAAUUAACAAAUGAGAAUAAUAAUAGUAAUAAUAUUAUUAAUAAUAACCGCAAUGAUGCUUCAAAUCUAUCAUUAUCAUCAGUAUUUGGUAAAAGUAAAUUUAAAGGUAUUUCAAGAUUAUUUAUUGAAAGAGCUAAUAGUAAUACCAAUUUAUCAAGUAACAAUAGUAGCUCAUCAUCUUUAAACGGUAUCUUACCAUUUAAAAGUUUUAAUAAGAUUAAGACCACAUCAAUAUCUGUAGCAGAAACAAGAUCAGGGAGUAAUAAUAAUAAUAAUAAUAAUACUACGGGGACUCCAAUUUUACAAAAAAAUUAUGAUAUUACUGCAGAUUAUAUGGAUUCAGAAAUUUCCUCAAUAUCAUCAAUGAGUUCAUUUGAAGUUGACCCAGAAUUACAUCCAGCUGAUGUUUUACAAGAAUAUAUCCAAAAAGAAUAUUUAUUUAGAAGGAAUAGAAAAUUGAAAAAAAUUAAUAAAUUGAAUAAUAAUACUACAACUUGCAUAUCAGUAAAACAUAAAUUACUUAGUGAUUAUGGUAGACCUGUAAGAAAGAUAGGCGAAGGUGCUUCUGGUACUGUAACAGAGUGUAAUACUAAAGAUGGUAAAGUUUAUGCAAUUAAAUUAUAUCGUACUCCAAUGAAUAAUAUUAGUUCUAAUUCAGAAUCUGAUAGGAAACCUGUAUUAACAACUUUUCAAAAAAAUAUUAUUAGAGAAUAUUGUAUUGGAUCAAUAUUUGAUCAUCAAAAUAUCAUGAAAACAAUAGAUUUAGUUUUUGAAAUUGAUGAUUUUACACAAGAUAUUGUCCACAUGAUUCAAGUAAUGGAAUAUGUUCCAUUUGACUUCUUUAACGUUGUAAUGGCUGGACAAAUUACAGAACAAGAAGCUGCUUGCUAUAUGAAACAAUUAGUAAAUGGCAUGUCAUAUUUACAUUCUAAACAAAUUGCACAUCGAGAUAUAAAAUUAGAUAAUUGCGUGAUGUCAAAGGAUGGCAUUUUAAAAAUAAUAGAUUUUGGUAGUGCAGUAACAAUAUUUGAUCACGAAAAUUUAAUAUAUGCAUCUGGAAUUGUUGGAUCAGAUCCAUAUUUGGCUCCAGAAUUACUAUCAGGUCAUAGUAAAUCUUAUGAUCCAAGACCUGUAGAUGUAUGGGCUGUUGCAAUCAUGUAUUAUUGUUUAAUAAUGGGAAAAUUUCCUUGGAAGGCUCCACGUAGAAGUUUUAAUAACUUUAGAUUAUUUUCUGAAGAUCCUGAUGAUGAAGAUGAUGUUUCUAAGGGUCCAUUACGUAUAUUAAGACUACUACCUACUUAUUCUAGGCAAUUGAUUGGUCAAAUGAUGGAAUUAAAUCCUAAGAUAAGAAUUAAAGCAGAAGAUAUAUUACACAAUAGUUGGAUACAAAGUAUACAUUGUUGCGAAGUAGAUAGAACAGGAAGAUUGGUUCAUAAAGGUUCCGAUCAUAUUCAUCAUCUACCAACACAGAACGAUAUAGAUAACAAAGAAUAA